AUGGCUGCGAGAUUCACGCCCGAGGCUUUUCUGCCAUCGGGCGGCUACGACACUGAUUCGGCUCUUUCCCUCAAUAGCCAUCUUUCAUAUCGCAAUGCUUCCAGUAUCCCGUCUCCGCCCAACUCGUAUCCUCGAGCCGGAACUCUUCGUCAUCAAUAUCCACAGCACUAUCUCGACCCAUGUCAACCACACAACCAAGAUUAUAGUCAGAGUCAAUUACAACGCGGCCGAAUUCCUCCAGCGAGUGCUCUACCGCUUCAUCACAACGAUUUAUCCCCUCUCUCGUUAGACUCUUUACGGGCAGCCCAGUCUGUUCCGCCAAACAACCGGCGUUACCCACAGCAGGCCGAUUCUUCCAACGCUUUUGACGGGCACCCUGCGUCUGUGUCUCCCACUCACGGAGGCCCGCCUCCUGCACACGAAUUCCGCUUCCCUGCAUCAUCUACAGCUCCUCUACCCAACGUUGCCUCGUCUUCUGGCCUCGUUGGUGCAUCUUUGUCGAGAUCCGUUUCCGCAGACGCCGUGGCUGCUUCUCAAUCUUCGCUGCAUGUGGUUCAACGCCUCAUGCAGCAAAACCAAUCAAUUCGUGAAGCUUGGGAAGCAGAGCGAAAUCAUCUCGAAGCCAACCGUCGACGUGUCGAAGAGGUUUACCAAGAAGAGCGAAUCAUAAUGGACGAGGUCCGGGAGAGCUGGGAGACUGAGAAAGAAGGCAUGGCUCGAGAAAUCCAAGAACUCAAGGAACGAGUUCAUCGACUUGAAGGAGAAAACAGUGCUCUCAAAGCUGUCACAGCCCAAAGCAUCCAGGUUACAGGCGUGGUUUCGCCUCUGGCGAGUCAGCGUGGUGGAAGCGGUGAGGGCUCUUUGGACAAUUCCUACUUCCCUGCUCCACCAGGACGACUCGUGUCAAGGGCACAAAAUCCUACCAUCCCGGUCGGUGUUUCCAUGGCCGAUGCGUCAUCUCUUCCACCCGGCCUUGAUGGUGCGUCUCGACGACCUCACUAUUUCUCACCAAGUAGUGCUCGCGUGUCUCCCACAACACAACCCGAAUCAUCACCUUUUGUCCCUCUUGAUCCCAGAAUGCAGACACAAAACCCGGUAGCCAAGGACUUUCUUCCGUCCCCAACAGAGGACAUGGCUACGCCUGUGCCAGUCAUAGAUGUGCAAGAAAUCGACCCUAAGCUGGAAGGUAUCCCGAUUAAGGCCACUGCGGUCCAGAAGUCCACAUUCGCCGCCGGCGCAUCCCCUCCCGAAAAUACAGCCUCUCCGGUGACAUCCCCUCCUGCACCUGCUGCUCAAAGUUUGGAGCAGUCUAGACAGCCGACAAGCAUUCGCGGCUCGUCCAAGGAAUAUACGUUGCAAGCUCUUUCCGCUGUAGAAUCUCGCCGGCUCACAAUGCACGCUGGCCACACCCCAAACCAUUCCCUUUCGGUUUUCCCCAAAAUCAACCCGACCGACCCAGCAUCCAUCAUUGGAGAGGGCGCCACGCCAACUGUUGAAACGACUAUCGAUCUCGGUACAGCAGCUGCUAUUGCAGAAGAGGAGAAAAAUGACACUCUGCCUGUGCCGGAACCAACCGAAAGGCGCGACUCCAAAGUGUCGUUUGUAUCAUUUACUGAAGAGUUGGAUCCCAAUGCACUGGAUGUCAUGAUGGAACCCAGUGACGGCGACAAACCCCUUAAAGGCCCUCUCAUGCUCAGGAAUAUGCCGGCUAAAGACGAACUCUUCUGGGAAGAAGUACACAGGAAACUGGAGCCCAUUAGCCAAGGACAGAACGCUCUUCCGGUUGUUAUGCAAUCUCAGGAACCGGAGCCCACUGCCGGCCCCUCUGGGCUGAAUCCUUCAGCACAUGGGUUGAAGCAGAGUGACUCUAUCGGAGGGGAUGGAUCUGCCGAUGUCCAAGACGAUGCAGAUGCUAGCGAUGGCGAAACCGAUGGUAAGGCCAUCGAGGUUGAUGUUCCGUUGAAAUUGAAGAGUACGUCCAAUUUCGGCGCCCCUUUUGGUGUCAUGUAG